GGAAGCAUGCAAACGCAGACUGCAAAAUUACCCAUUCAUUCUUAUGAGUAAUACUGUACUAAUGACAACAGCCACAACAUCCAUUUGCAUAAUGCUGCCCACCUGGAAAGGUUGCAUCCUGAUGGUAUGGAUGGAGAUCUGGUCCUCUCAGCACCAGCAGCUUUGGAGAUCCAGGAAGUCCCUUUGAAGUGUUGCAGGGAGCCCAGACAGAUGAUGGAGGCAAAAGAGCCACUAUGGGAAGGAACAGGAAAAUCUUUUUGUGAUGCUCAGGCUAAAAGCCAGGAGAAAUUCAGUCAAUGGCCUGGGCAGAAGAUCCUGGAAAUAAAAACUCUCACUUGGGAUAUCCAGCAUCAGGCCUUAAGGGAAUUCUGCUUCCAGAAGGCAGAGGGACCCCGAGACAUUUGCAGCUACCUUCACCGCCUUUGUCAUCAAUGGUUGCAGCCAGAAAGACACACAAAAGCUCAGAUGCUCGACUUGGUGAUCCUGGAGCAAUUCCUGGCUGUCCUUCCCCCUGAGAUGGAGAGCUGGGUGCGGGAGUGUGGAGCAGAGACUAGCUCUCAGGCGGUGGCCCUGGCUGAAGGCUUCCUCCUGAGCCAGGAGGAGGACAAAGAGGAGCAGGGGAGUUCCUUCAAGUCAAGGGGGGAUCUCUCAGAUCCCCCUCUGGAGAUGCUUUCCAAGGAGGAUCAAAUUCAGGAGAUUUCAUCAGGGGACAGUAUGAUGUCCCAGGUACUUCUAGAAAUGUCUCCUUUUUCUGAUGGACCAGAUAGAGCAACUCUCCCUCCAACUCAGGGUCCCAUGUCCUUCAAGGAAGUGGCUGUGUAUUUCUCUGAGGAGGAGUGGGCUCUCCUGGAUUCUGAUCAAAAAGCCCUGCAUGGAGAAGUCAUGCUGGAGAAUUCUAGGAAUGUGGCUUCUCUCACCAAGCCAGACCCUGCCUCCUGGUUAGAAGAAGAAGAUCCGCUUUUCCAGGGAUCCAGGAAAGAAAAUGAUGAGGAAAAUUAUAAUUGUCAGGAGCCAGAUUUGGGGACAUCAGAAACAAUCCAACAAGAGGGAGGAAAAGAGGCAUUUGAAAAUCACUGUGGAAAAAAAAACAUCAAGGAAAAUCUGCCUAAGUAUGUGGCUGAAAAGUCACCUCCUUCUCAGUGUGCUGCAGUUUGGGAGUUCCUUCUGGCCCAACAGGAUCAGAAAGGAAUGAGAAGGGAGAACUGCCUGUGGUGGGGGAAAGUAUUCAAAGAUAACUCAGAUUUACAACCACAUUGUGAAACUGAGGCUAGAGACAAGCAAUAUGAAUGCAUAAAGUAUGGCACAUUUUUCAGCCAAAGCUUCCCAUUUAAUUUAUGUCAACAAAUCCACAUGCAGAGUGGGAAGGACUUCAGUAGCCAAAGUCAACUUGCUUCCCAUAAGAGGCUCUACACAGAAGAGAAUCGAUAUAAAUGCACUGAGUGUGGACUGAACUUUAGUAAGCGAAGUUCUCUGACUUCCCAUAAAAGGAUCCACACUGGGGAGAAACCCUAUAAAUGUAUGCAGUGUGAAAAGAGCUUCAGGAUGAGCAGCCACCUUACUUCCCAUAAAAGGAUCCAUUCAGGGGAAAAACCAUAUAAAUGCAUGGAGUGUGGGAAGAGUUUCAGCCAAAGCAGUCACUUCACUUCUCAUAAAAGGCUUCACACAGGAGAGAAACCAUACAAAUGUAUGGAGUGUGGACAAUGCUACAGGUUGAGCAGUCAGCUCACCUCCCAUAAAAGUAUUCACACAGGAGAGAAUCCAUAUAAAUGCAUCGAAUGUGGAAAGAGCUUCAGUACCAACAGUUCCCUUACUUUGCAUAAAAGGAUCCACACAGGAGAGAAGCCAUAUAAAUGUAUAGAGUGCGGAAAGAGCUUCAAACAGAGCAGUCAACUUACUUCUCAUAAAAGUAUCCACACUGGGAAAAAACCAUAUACAUGUAUGGAAUGUGGACUGAGUUUCAGAAUGAAGAGUUCUCUAACUUUCCAUGCAAGGAUCCACUCAGGAGAGAAACCAUAUAAAUGUACCGAGUGUGGAAAAAGCUUCAGGUGGAACAGUUACCUUACUUCCCAUAUGAGAGUUCACACAGGGGAGAAACCAUAUAAAUGCAUGGAGUGUGGGAAAAGUUUCAGUAAGAGAAGUUCUCUUACUUACCAUCGAAGGAUCCACACAGGGGAGAAGCCAUUUACAUGUAUGGAGUGUGGGAAGAGCUUCAGUAAUUCCAGUGUUCUUUGUUCCCAUAAAAGAACCCAUUCUGGGGAAAAACCUUACAAAUGUAUGGUAUGUGGAAAGAGCUUCAGCCAGAGCAGUCAUCUUACUUCACAUACAAGGCUCCAUACAGGAGAGAAACCCUAUAAAUGUAUGGAGUGUGGGAAGAGCUUCAGUAACUGUAGUGUUCUUCGUUCCCAUAAAAGGAUCCAUUCUGGAGAAAAACCAUAUACAUGCACAGAGUGUGGAAAGAACUUUAGCCAGAGCAGCCACCUUACUUCGCAUAAAAGACUCCACACAGGAGAGAAACCAUAUACAUGUACGGUGUGUGGAAAGAGCUUCAGUAAGGGUAGUACCCUUACCUUCCAUAAAACUGUUCACACAGGAGAAAAACCAUAUAAAUGCUUGGAGUGUGGAAAGAGUUUCAAACAGAACAGUCAACUUACUUCUCAUAAAAGGAUCCACACCAGGAAAAAACAAACAAAUGUUUGGAGUAUGGAAUGCACUGCAAAAUGAAAAAUAAAUCCUUCUUUUCCAUAGAAGGAUUCAUUCAGUGGAAGAACCAUUUAAAUGUAUGGAGUAUUGAAAGGCCUUAAGUGAAAGUGGUAACCUUAGUGUUCAUAAAAGGAUUCACACAAGGGAGAAAUGAUAUAGAUGUUCUGAAGGUUGAAAAACCUUCAGCCAGAGUCCUUUUUCUUCUCAUUCUUGCUUGAAAAGUUUCACCAGAAGAAGAUACCCAGCUUUCUAUUAAAGGAGCCACAAAAGAGAAUUCUUAUGGAAAGAUCAUCAGAAAAACAGCCAUAAUUCCCAUGCAUGGAUCCAACUUGGGAGAAACCAUAUUUAUAUUUAUAAAUAUUUACGUAUGGAGAAGCUGCAGUUUUUGGACAUGAGAUAGAAUAUAAAUGCAUGAUGUAUGGAAAAAUUACACAAAAAUGUGUGAACUCUUAACAUUAUCUCCCCUUAAAAGAAUCUACACAGGGAAGAAGUUAGGACUGUUUUUGAGAUGGAACAUUCUGAGGAAUUGUGAAACAUUCCCUUGGACCAUGAUGAUCCAAUAAUUCCAGGGGUGAUCCAGCAAUUUUCAAGAAGUAAACUUUUUAAUGGUGCUUUCUGCUGACACAGAUCUUGGAAGAUGUCAAAGAACUCAGAGGGGAGAAAUCAUAAGAAUAUUCAUAAUUGCCAUGAAACUACACAGCAUAGUAACUGAUGGAUUGUUGAUAAAGUAGUGGGAAUAGAGAAUUCAUUUGGAGUACAGUAUUGCAAUGUGGUCUGUAUGGGGCAGCCUUGAAGUCCAUCUGAAAGCUUCAAUUGGUUUAGAAUUCAGUGCAUCGUACAGUGGUUAGUCUAGAUUUUCCCAUGUAAUGCCUUCCUGUGGGAGCUCCACUACUGACUGGUUUCCUUACAGGUACAAUUCAAAGUGUUGCUCAUCGCUUUUAAAGCCCUCCUUGGAUAGCUAGAGAGCCACCUUCUCCCAGUAGCUUCUGCCCACCCAAUAAGAUUGGGAGGUCCCUUCUCUUAAGAAGUAUUCUCUUCAAGCCUUCUAAGUUGUGACCCCGUCCCGCUGCCCCUUCUCUGAAUCAGCAUUUCUCCUGAAAUAACAGUGGUUCCUAUUCUAUUAUCAGAAAGCCAUUAAAAUCUAGCUAUUCCAGAGGGCCUUGGGAGUAGGGCCAGCUACGGUUUUGGAAGCUGUAGGCGGUUCCUUGGGGCACUGCUCUUUUGCUUUGUCAUCAUUUUUUACUACUAUUACAUUUUUAUGUUUGUAUUAUUUUGUAAGCUGUUUAGAGUUUUGUUUGGAUUAAAGUGACAUGCAAGUUAUAGUAAAUAUCAAUAAAUAAACAGGGAAGAAGCAGAGAACUUUUGGAGAUGUAGUUAGUCAGAGGAGAAGCUUUAAAUCCUAGGAGAUCUUAAUCGACAGCAAAGAACAAAUAUCUACUGUUUUAUUCUCCAUAUUCUAGCUUAUGUUGUGAUAUUCACACUGCAUUAGCUUUCUGGUUUGAUCACAUACCAUGUACUGUAGAAAGCGUAAAAUGUUUUACUACUCGAU